AUGAAGGGCUACCUCGUGAGCUGCAGCGUUCCAAAGAGCAAGCAAAAACGCCAACUCCUUUGCCUGGGCUGCGUGGACAAGCUUCGGAUGGGGAAAUUGAAGCUCAGCGCCGAUGUAGAGAGCGUGAGUCUGUGCAACCGUGGUCAUGGCCAGCAAGAUGCGCUGAUCUUUGAGCGCCAGGCCUCGGGGAGCUGGAGGCAAACGCUGGAGCUGACCAACGAGCUGCUCGAGGCUGUUGUGAUUGCAAACGAGAGCACCGUGUCCCGAAAGAGGCCCAAAAAACCUGCAGCUGAGAGCGCACUGAACAGGGGCAUGCAAGCCGGCAGCCGCGCGCGCGAGAUGCUGCCGGGAAGUGUGCCUGAAAGAUCUUGUUGGCACCUGCAGCCUGAGGCCCACAUCGGCAUCGCGGCCCAAGCUGCCCUCUUCCUGAGCGGCGUCCUGGAGGGCACGUGCCGCCUAGUUGUUCCUGCUGGAGUGGACGCCUAUGCGGCCGCCCCCCUGCGGUUCUACAUGACAUAUUGGGAUCACAACCGAGGGAGGCCGAAAGCGCUCGGCAAGCCCACCAAGGAGAAGGCGUUGCUCGAGGAAUCCUGGUGGGAUAGUCAGGGACACUUGAACUGCUCAUGCGAUCGUGGCAGGCUGGCCAGGGACGCGCCUUGCGUUCACAAGCUGGUGCUUGCGGCCCUGGGUGCUUCGGGUUUGGAGCAGAGGGGCCUUCCCACGGCCAGGGAAUUGGGAAGAGGAGCAGGGCUGGUCGAGCAGGUGGGUACGGACUCCACGGGGCGCUUCUUCGCAGCGAGGAGCAGCCCCAAAGGAGUCAGCCCCGCUCACAAGAUGCUGCAUCAAAGCAUUGAUGGGUUGUGGUACUGCCAGGGCAAGAGAGACGGCUGUCCGUCGCAGCACCACUGUAGCCACAUCAUCGCGGCCGAUCGGGCCGUCCGGGCGGGGCAGGUCCAUUUUGCACAGGGGCUGCAUCUUGGGCAGGAUGCCCUAAGUAGAGCAAGGCAGUGGUUGGAGCGGUGGAACGGAGCGCUGCCGUUGCUCGGCAGGAGCAGGGAAGAGCGCGAGUUGCGUGCGAGCUACGAAGGGGCCGGCGAGGAGGAGGCGCACCUGAUAGGCCUCAUCUCCGGGCAGCGCCACGAGCCGGCCGGUUGCGCCGGUGUGGACUGCUUCUGUCAAGAGCAUCAGCAAUUGUUCGGGGCGGCUGAGCCGUCCACAUCAGCACUGCCCCGAGGGGUGGAUGUGAGCGAGCCAUGGACAGGGGUGCGUAGGAGCAAGCAGUGGUGGAGGAGUCAUGCGGGUGAGGCUCCUUUGACCGUGCGCGUGGCACCCCAGAGUGUGCGGGAGCCGCCCGCAGAGGCGUUGGGCAAGGAGGCGAUCCGAUGUUGGGUUUCCUCCUGCGGCAGCUGCACGUUGGAGGGUGCUCUACGGGGAUGCCAGCAUGAGGGGGUAGGAAGGGCCCCCGUCAUGCUUCAGGAGACGCAGGCGGUCCAGGUGACCAAGCCGAAGCUGAGCCAGCUCAGCGACGCCCCGGACUUUCACGACCCGUGGGUGACGCGGCUGAGAUGCGGACCGAUUCGGGUCAGCAAGCUGGUGGGGAGAGACUUCCAGGAGCUAGGGGAACUCGGGGUGCUGAGCGCGCCAUGCCCUCUCGAACCGCCUCCGUGCGGUGGGAAGUGA